AUGCAAUUGGCGCAGCUACAUUGUGCUCAUUAUUUUCCCGACAGACUGAUAGCCUUUAAAAAAGUAAAAAAGUUCUGAUAUUACCCAUAUCUUUCAGGCUUGUGGUCGUGGAACGACACCAGCCCCAGUGACUACAGAGGCAACAACGACGACCACAAAAGCCGGCUACGCGUUGCCGGGAUAUGCAAUGCCGUAUCCGGCUCCCAUUCCGGCACCGUAUGCCCUUCCUCCUCCUGCCCCUAUUCCUAUUCUCCCCCCUCCGGCGCCAAUUCCAAUUCCACCUGCUCCAAUUCCAAUUCCGUCGUAUACUAACAGACCUCCACCACCCGCUCCGUAUUAUCCGAGAGGGUGA